AUGGAGGAAGUAACGAAUCAGUCAAUGAUUUCAUCGCCAUUGAUUGUUAUAUUGACUAGUUUCUAUUCCAUCAAUAUUGUUUCUGUCAUGUUUGCUGGCAAUCUUCAACUAGCUGCCUCGAAUCUCGCUACUUCCUGGGCUGUAAUCACUGGUUUCUCUUUCAUAUUUGGAUUAAAUACUGCAGUCGAAACAUUAUGUAGACAAUCCCGAACAACAACGUACACUUUGCUGCAGACAUCAUGUGUCAUAUCAUUCUUCUUUUCAACCGCGAUAGCUCUUCUCUGGUGGUAUUCAGAUACAAUUCUCAUUCAUUUAUUUCAUCAGGAUCAUGAAAUUGCGAAAGAAGCAGGACUGUUUUUGAAGUUUCUUAUACCUGGAUUGUUUGGAUAUGGUUUUUUGCAAAAUGCCAUGAGAUUUCUUAGGGCACACUCAAUUUUAGACCCUAUACUUUUGUUUUCAAUGGCAUCUUUAGUUAUACAUAUUGCUAUUAUUGCCUAUGCUUUGGUUCAUUGGACAGGUCUUGGUUUUAAAGGAGCAUCAUUAGCAACAUCUAUUUCCAUUUGGAUUCAACUCAUCAUCUUUGGUCUAUUCAUGUUUUUCUCCAAACAUAUCAAAUGGGAUUACGCUUUCUCUUUCGAGCCAUUUCAUUUUCAUCAUAUCCUUACUAACUUGAAAUUGGCUAUGCCCUCUGCUGCCAUGAUCUGUUUGGAGUACUGCGCUUUUGAGAUUCUUGUGUUAUUUGCUGGUUUGAUGCCAAACCCGGAAACAUCGAUUUCCAUAAUUGCGAUGAGUGUAAAUACCCAUGCCAUUGCCCACAUGUUAUUUUCCGGUAUGAGUGUAGGUGUAAGCACCCGAGUUGCAAAGGAGUUGAGAUCUGGAAAUCCUGAGGGAGCUAAACAUGUUGUGGCUGUUGCUUUCAAGCAAACUAUUGUUUUAGUAUAUGUACUUUGUUUGGCUCUAUUGAAUCAUCAUAUUGCCUGGGCUGGCCUCUUUAGUGAUAGCGCGGAGAUAAUUAACAAAUUUGCCUCCAUGGUACCUCUUCUUUUAAUAUCCUUUGUACUCGAAUUCACUCAAGGAAAUUUAUCAGGGGUGGUUAGAGGAUGUGGGUGGGAGCGUUAUGCUAUGUGCAUCGACUUGGCAGCAUUCUAUUUCAUCGGCAUCCCAAUAGCAGUCCUCGUUGUUUUCAAGCUCAGCCUACAUGCUCAGGUUUUAUGGAUUGGCUUGAUAUGUGGUCUAGCUUGCCAAACUUCUGGCUUAUCGCUACUGGUAUUAUUGACUAGAUCAUGGAAAAAAUUAGAGGGCUCAACAAAUAGCAAUAGAGAAAGUGAACUUUCAGCUUAA